AUGCAUUUCGCUGUUCCCAUGGCUGGAGCUGUUCUUAACCCUAUCAACAUCCGUCUCGAUGCAAAAUCCAUUGCCGCAAUCCUCCGCCACGCCCAGCCCAAAAUGUUAUUCAUUGACGGCAAUUUUGAGCCAUUGGCCAGAGAAAUCCUCCACCUACUAUCAUAUGAGGACGCACAAUUGAAUCUGCUGUUCGUAUUCAUUGACGAAACCGAUUUCCCUAAAAGGCCUUCGUCCAAUGAGUUAGACUACGAGUGUCUCAUCGGCAGAGGAGAACCUACGUCCAGUUUGGAUCCUCUCUCAUUGAACUACACUUCCGGUACGACGGCCGAUCCGAAAGGUGUAGUAGUAAGCCACCGUGGAGCAUAUUUGAGCUCUUUAAGUGCGAUUAUUGGCUGGGAAAUGAGGACCUGCCCGGUCUACCUUUGGACUCUGCCUAUGUUUCAUUGCAAUGGUUGGACUCUCACGUGGUCAGUGGCAGCACGUGGGGGAACUAACGUGUGUAUUAGGCACGUUACUGCCCCAGAGAUCUAUAAGAACAUAGAAUUGCAUGGAGUGACGCAUAUGUGUUGCGUUCCUACUGUCCGGGCCCGUUCAGGUGCUGACCGGAGGUUCGUCGCCGCCCGCUGCUCUUUUGUUAAGAAAAUUCAGCUGCUUGGAUUUCAAGUGAUGCAUGCCUAUGGGCUUACGGAGGCUACUGGUCCAGCUCUCUUUUGUGAGUGGCAAGACGAGUGGAACAGACUACCAGAGAAUCAACAGUUGAAGCUCAAGAGAAGGCAAGGAGUAGGAAUCUUAACUCUAGCUGACUUUGACGUGAAGAACACAGAGACUCAGGAAAGUGUUCCACGCGACGGAAAGACGAUGGGAGAGAUUGUCAUCAAAGGAAGCAGCAUAAUGAAAGGGUAUCUAAAGAAUCCCAAAGCUACAUUUGAAGCGUUUAAACACGGAUGGCUCUACACGGGAGACAUAGGUGUGAUUCAUCCGGAUGGGCACAUAGAGAUCAAAGAUCGUUCCAAAGACAUCAUCAUCUCGGGUGGGGAGAACAUUAGCAGUGUUGAAGUCGAGAAUGUUCUUUACAAGUACCAGGGAGUGCUUGAGGCCGCAGUUGUGGCCAUGCCUCACCCUGUGUGGGGUGAAACUCCGUGCGCGUUCGUUGUUUUAGAAAAGAGUAAGACUAAUGAAGGUAAUCCUAAAGCAAAAUUGGUGUCCAAAGAAAGAGAGUUCAUUGAGUAUUGCCGUGAGAAUCUGCCUCGUUUUAUGUGUCCAAGAAAGGUUGUCUUUGUGGAAGAACUGCCAAAGAAUGGCAAUGGAAAGAUCCUUAAGCCUAAAGUGAGAGACAUCGCUAAAAGUUUGGUUGUCGAUGAUGAGGAUAAUGUUAGUUCCAAGAAAGUUCAACGGCACGAAGAGAGAAGUGUUGUUGAUUGCCUUACUUCUCGGCUCUAA